GGGGAGCAGGGACGGACGCCCGCCCGCCGCCGCCGCCGCCGCCGCCGCCGCCCGGCCGCUAUGGAUCUAUUCGACUUUUUCAGGGACUGGGACUUGGAGCAGCAGUGUCACUAUGAACAAGACCGUAGUGCACUUAAAAAAAGGGAAUGGGAGCGGAGGAGUCAAGAAGUCCAGCAAGAAGACGAUCUCUUUUCUUCAGGCUUUGAUCUUUUUGGGGAGCCCUACAAGACAAACAAAGGGGAUGCACUUGCCAACCGAGUCCAGAACACGCUGGGAAACUAUGAUGAAAUGAAGGAUUUGCUAACUAACCAUUCUAAUCAGAAUCAUCUAGUGGGGAUCCCAAAGAAUUCUGUGCCCCAGACUCCCAUCAACAAAAAUGAACCGAGCUUUUUCCCAGAACAAAAGAACCGAAUGCUCCCACCUCACCAGGAUAGCACUCACCCCUCGGCACCAAUGCCUCCACCUUCCGUCGUGAUACUGAAUUCCACUCUCAUACACAGCAACAGGAAAUCAAAAGCUGACUGGCCACGCGAUAGUCAUAACGCUAGUGUUGUCCCAGCCAGCCAGGCCAGUGGUCAGCCAAACAAGCUGCCGCCGUCUACACAGGACCAGCCCCCAGCCCGACUGGAAGACUUCUUUGUCUACCCAGCUGAACAGCCCCAGGUCGGAGCCGUUGAAGGGUCAGACGCUUCUGCAAAAGAAGACAGUAGUCUCAAGUCCAGUGCAGGGGAUACGUUCAAGGAAAUCUUUCAGUCCGUCUCACCAGAAGAAUCUGAAUUUACAGUGCAAGCUCCUGGGUCUCCUCUAGUUGCCUCCUCUUUGUUAGCUCCCAGCAGUGGCCUUUCGGUUCAGAACUUUCCACCAGGGCUUUACUGCAAAACAAACAUGGGGCAGCAAAAGCCAACUGCAUAUGUCAGACCCAUGGAUGGCCAGGACCAGGCACCAGACGUCCCUCCGACACUGAAACCUUCCAUUGAAUUUGAGAACAGCUUUGGGAAUCUGUCAUUUGGAUCACUCUUGGAUGGAAAACCCAGUGCAGCCAGUUCAAAGCCUAAACUGCCAAAGUUCACGAUUCUCCAAACAAGUGAAGUAAGCCUUCCCAGUGAUCCAAGCUGUGUUGAAGAAAUCUUGCGGGAGAUGACCCAUUCCUGGCCUGCUCCUCUCACUGCCAUGCAUACUUCCGGAAACUCUGAGAAGAACACACUUUCCAUCCCAGGACAGGAAUCCCAACACCUGACCCCAGGAUUCACCUUACAAAAGUGGAGUGACCCGACCAGCAGAGCUUCUACGAAGAUGCUUGAGGACGACCUGAAGCUGAGCAGUGAUGAAGAUGACCUUGAGCCUGUGAAGACCUUGGCCACUCACUGCACCGCCACUGAGCUCUACCAGGCUGUUGAAAAGGCAAAACCUAAGAAUAAUCCUGUGAACCCACUCUUGGCCACACCGCAGCCCCCAGCUGUGGUGCCAGCCAGCGGGGGAUCUGGCAGCUCCAGUGACUCUGAGAGCAGCUCCGAGUCAGACUCAGACACUGAAAGCAGCACCACUGACAGCGAAUCCAAUGAGGCGCCUCGCGCGGCCACUCCAGAGCCUGAGCCACCCUCAACCAACAAGUGGCAGUUGGAUAAAUGGCUUAACAAAGUGACAUCCCAGAACAAGUCGUUUAUUUGUGGCCAAAAUGAAACACCCAUGGAGACGGUUUCUGUGCCUCCUCCAGUCAUCCAGCCAAUGGAAGUCCAGGUCAAAGUGAAGACAGCCCCCAGCCAGGUCCUGGCUGAACCCAAAGAGAGGCCUCUCCUCAGUCUUAUCAGGGAGAAAGCCCGUCCACGGCCGACCCAGAAAACUCCAGAAACAAAGGCUUUGAAGCAUAAGUUGUCAACAACUAUUGAGACAGCGUCUCAAAGGACAAUUGGAAAAAAACAGCCCAAAAAAGUCGAGAAGAACACCAGCAUUGACGAGUUUACCUGGCCCAAACCAAAUAUUACCAGCAGCACCCCCAAAGAAAAAGAAAGCGUGGAGCUUCCUGACCCACCAAGAGGCCGCAACAAGGCCACUGCCCACAAACCAGUCCCUAGGAAGGAACCGAGGCCAAACGUUCCCUUGCCUGCUGAGAAAAAGAAGUACAGAGGGCCUGGCAAGAUCGUGCCAAAGUCCCGGGAAUUCAUCGAAACGGACUCGUCCACGUCCGAUUCCAACACAGAUCAGGAAGAGACCCUGCAGAUCAAAGUGCUGCCUCCUUGCAUCGCUCCGGGGGGCAAUACUGCCAAAUCCAAGGAAGCCUGUGGGGCCAGCCUGACCCUCAGCUCCUUGGUCAGCAGCAGCAACAACAGCCUAACCACCAGUGGUGAGGAGCCAGCAUUUUCACCCAUCCCUGUCAUGCAAACCGAGCUGCUGUCCCCUCUACGAGACCAUGAGAACCUGAAAAAUCUGUGGGUGAAGAUUGACCUUGACCUGCUGUCUAGAGUGCCUGGCCACCACUCAGUGCAAGCAGCGCCAGCCAAGCCGGACCACAGGGAGACUGCGUCCAAGCCCAAGCGCCAGACCACUGCUGCAGCCGCUGAAAAACCCGUCCCUAAGGGCAAGCGUAAGCACAAGCCAACAGAGAUCACAGAGAAAAUCCCUGAGAAGAAGCAACGCCUGGAGGAGGCCACCACUAUUUGCCUGCUGCCCCCCUGCAUCUCACCAGCCCCACCCCACAAGCCUCCCCACGCUAGAGAAAACAGUUCAUCCAGGAGAGCAAAUAGAAGGAAAGAAGAAAAGCUGUUUCCUCCUCCACUUUCCCCACUGCCGGAGGACCCUCCACGCCGCAGAAACAUCAGUGGCAGCAAUGGCCCCUUUGGUCAAGACAAAACCAUCCCUAUGAUCGGACAGAUCACCUCUACCAAACCGAAGAGGAGUGAAGGCAAAUUCUGUGCUACUUUCAAAGGGAUAUCCGUAAAUGAUGGAGACACUCCAAAAAAGACACCCUCUGCCACCAUCACGGUUACCAACACAGCUGUUGCCACUGCCACUGUUACUGCUACUGCCAUUGUCACUGCCACUGUCACGGCCACCGCGACCGCCACUGCCACAGCCACUACCACAGCCACUACGACAACCAUCUCCACCAUCACCUCUACCAUCACUACCGGCCUCAUGGACAGCAGUCACCUGGAGAUGGCGUCCUGGGCAGCCCUGCCCCUUCUGUCCAGCAGCACCACCAGUGUCCGGAGACCCAAGCUCACUUUUGACGACUCGGUUCACAAUGCUGAUUAUUACAUGCAAGAGGCUAAGAAGCUGAAGCACAAAGCUGAUGCACUGUUCGAGAAAUUUGGCAAAGCCGUGAAUUAUGCCGACGCAGCCCUGUCCUUCACCGAAUGUGGCAAUGCAAUGGAACGCGACCCUCUGGAAGCCAAGUCUCCGUAUACCAUGUACUCCGAGACUGUGGAGCUCCUCAGGUACGCAAUGAGACUGAAGAACUUUGCGAGCCCCUUGGCUUCAGACGGGGACAAAAAGCUGGCGGUAUUAUGCUACAGAUGUUUAUCACUUCUCUACUUGCGGAUGUUCAAGCUGAAGAAGGACCAUGCUAUGAAGUACUCCAGAUCACUGAUGGAAUAUUUUAAGCAAAAUGCUUCAAAAGUCGCUCAGAUACCAUCUCCCUGGGUAGGCAAUGGAAAGAACACUCCAUCCCCGGUGUCUCUCAACAAUGUCUCUCCCAUCAAUGCAAUGGGCAGCUGUAACAACGGCCCGGUCACCAUCCCCCAGCGCAUUCACCACAUGGCCGCCAGCCAUGUCAACAUCACCAGCAACGUGUUACGGGGCUACGAACACUGGGACAUGGCCGACAAACUGACAAGAGAGAACAAAGAAUUCUUCGGCGAUCUGGACACACUGAUGGGGCCCCUGACCCAGCACAGCAGCAUGACCAAUCUCGUCCGCUACGUUCGCCAGGGACUGUGUUGGCUGCGCAUUGAUGCCCAUUUGUUGUAGUGGGCGCGCCCCCAUCUCCAGCAUCACCACCCAUCACUCUACCUCUACCAGAGCACCAACGGUCACUGGU